CCACACAAACCGACGAAAACCGAAUAGCUUUGAUAGACCCCAGUAUGACAUUCGCUCUUAACUCGACCAGCUAUGCACUAAGUCGUACGUCCAUAAGGCCACUUGAUGAACUCGGUCUUAUCAGCAACUUCCAGGAGAGGAGUAAGUCGUUCGCACGCCAUUCACGUGAUGGUUGACGUUAUACUGCUUUGUAAGAGUUUGUAAUUAUUCUCUAUAAGUCGCUUAUAGAGGCCGAGUUAUAUAGUAAAAGGACUAUACCAAUAUCCAAGACUCCCGUAAUAGGUGUCCGUUCACCUAGAUACCUAGGUAGAUAGUUAUUUAUCGUUAAGAUGACUGUGAACUCUUCCAGUCGCCACUUACGUGUGGCCAUUAUCGGCGGCGGUCCCGGUGGCCUCGCAACUGCCAUCGCCCUCUCUAAGAUUCCCAAUGUCUCGGUAAAUAUCUAUGAGCAGGCUACAGUAUUGCGGGAAGCAGGUGCUGGUAUAAGUAUCGGUUCGAAUACGUGGAACGUGCUGGAGCUCCUUGGUGUCGCUGAUACAUUAACCAGCGGCCAUCCGACAUGGGUCAUUUUGAAUAUGAAUGGACGCUCCGGGGAAGAACUUGACCGUCGUGAGAAGCCGACGAAUUUUGAUCAGAGACCUCCGGUUCGGACGCAGCGGACGAAGCUUCAAUCGGCUCUCUUAGCGCACGUGAAACCUGGCGUAAUACAUCUCUCCAAGAGAUUAAUACGUAUGAUUGAUAAAGGUCACGAGGGCGUUGAGCUACAUUUCGAAGACGACAGUGUUGUAACAGCCGAUCUAGUAGUCGGUGCCGACGGCAUUAGAUCUGUGGUCCGAGAUACAGCUUGGCCGAAUUACGAAAUCAAGUUCACAGGAACGACAAUAUGGAGGACUCUUCUACCCUGGGACGACGUGAAAGACUUAGAUCCUCGCUUCGAGAUUACCGGGUGGUGGCAUACGCCGACUACGCAUGUCUAUUUUUCUCCUGUUGGGGAAGGCCUAUGGGAGAUAGCUUCUAGGGCAUGGCAAGAUCCAGUGAUCCAUAGCGCAAAUAAGAAAAGCUGGGGUGUUCCAGUUGAGAAUGCUCAUGUUGAGUCACAUUUUACGGAAUAUCUCCCCGAAAUAAGAGAAGCGCUCGCGCGCGUUCCUUCUGGCGGCUGGCGAGAGUUUGCUGCUUUCGCUGGUCCCGAGCUGGCUCAGCUCACAGCGUGGGACAACAAAGUCGUACUUGUUGGGGACUCGUCGCACGCUUUGUCCGGCGCGUUCGGAUCUGGGGCAGGGUUUGCGAUGGAGGACGGUUGGAUUUUAGCUCAGGCUCUGGCAUACUGGAAGAAUGAUACUAGUAAAGCUCUACCGCUCUUCGACGCUAUUAGAUUGCCAUACUACUCACGGAUGUACGCGCACCUUUCUUCCGAGGCCGACAAACGUGCUGCAAAAUUGAAGGUGCUAGUGAACCCGACGUUUGAUGAGCGCGUUAAGAACAAGAUUAUUACGGAUGGUGGGAAGGACAUGUCAUGGAUUUACAAGAAUGAUAUUGGUGCGGUCUGGAAGGAGUGGGUUAAUAAACUUGAAGAAGCUUCGUAACCUGACUGCGACCUAGCUGCAGAUUUAAUAUAAUACAUCUAAAGGAAACCACCGUUGUCUAGCCUUUUAAGUAUAGGUACCUACCUAUAUACCCAAGGUAUACGGAAAGGGGCUUAUAUGCACAUAGGCACCUAAAUUAUAGAUACCUAGGUACCUAUGUAUAGAAGAACAUAAAAUCAUAUUCCCAGAAUUGAAGCAAAAAGUCCCAUCAGAUAC